AGCAAGCAGCGUCUGCGUCGUCGUCGUCUCUCUCUAUUCGCCGUUGUUUCCUUCUCUCUCUCUCUGUUUAUAACUUAAUAUUUUUCUCUUCCCAAUAGUUUCAUCAUCGAUCACUGAAUCUUCUCUUCUCUUCUCUCAAGAACAGAUAUUUAUUUUUAAAUAUUUCAACGAGCGACGAUACUAAAGAUCUAUGGCGGAAGAGCAUCGAUGUCAAACACCAGAAAGCAACCGUCUCUGUGUUAACAACUGUGGCUUCCUCGGCAGCUCCGCCACCAUGAAUCUUUGUUCCAAUUGUUACGGCGAUCUCUGCCUCAAACAACAACAACAAUCCUCCUCCUCCUCCUCCUCCAUCAACAAAUCCACCGUCGAUUCUUCUCCUCUCUCCGUUUCACCUCCGUCGUCAUCGUCAUCAUCACCAUCGGAAGAGAUCGCCUCCGUCUCUUCUUCUUCUCCUCAGAUCAUCAUCAUCCCUCCUCUUCUCCAAAAUCCUUCACCCAAGCUAGACAUACCGGAGAAAAAACCACAACAGACUCCGAACCGGUGCACGACGUGUAGGAAACGGGUCGGGUUAACAGGAUUCAAGUGCCGGUGCGGUACGACGUUUUGCGGUGCUCAUAGGUACCCGGAGGUACACGGAUGCACUUACGAUUUCAAAUCCGCCGGUCGUGAAGAGAUCGCUAAAGCGAAUCCGUUGGUUAAAGCAGCCAAGCUUCAGAAGAUUUGAGAUGAGAUCUGAACCGUUCGUUUGCGAUGCGUUGACUUUUCCUCCCUCCGGUCUUUCCCCAAAACGCGUUUUGGCUCCGCCUCCGCUCCCUCCUUCCUCCCGAGACAAACAAAAUAUAACCCGAUGGUGUUGAUUUGAUCUCAGCCGUUCGAUUGGGUUUUUAUACAUAUAUUAUUGUAUAAGAUUUUUAUGUAUUUUUAAAAUAUUAUCAAUCAAAAUGGACACGUGUCAUGUGGUUUUAGGAUGGAGACGCUUUCGCUUUCCUUAAUUUUAAUUUCUCCUGUUCUUUUUUUUUCCUUCUCUCUCUGAAAGAAAUAAAAGUUAUUCGCGUUGGCUU